CCCCACCUCACAUUGUAAUUUCCAAAGUAGCCAGCCAAUGGGAAGAAUAGGAAUAAGAAUAAUUCGUUUCGCACCUUCUUCUCCAACACGCAGAAGAAAACCCGUUUAAGUUUUCGUGUGUCUCAAAACUCACUAUCUCGAGACACAAAAAUCUGAAACGAAACCCUAGAAAGAGAUCGAUUUCGAUGGGAACGCCAGAGACAUCGAGGGAACCGUGCCCGGAUCGCAUACUCGACGACAUCGGCGGUGCGUUCGGGAUGGGAGCCGUUGGUGGCUCCGCCUUCCACUUCCUCAAGGGUCUCUACAACUCACCUAAAGGCCACCGUCUCCACGGCGGAGCUCAGGCCGUUCGCCUCAACGCCCCCCGCGUCGGCGGCGGCUUCGCCGUCUGGGGCGGCCUUUUCUCCGUCUUCGACUGUACCAUGGUCUACGUCCGCCAGAAGGAGGAUCCCUUGAACUCCAUCUUCGCCGGCGCAGCCACCGGCGGCUUCCUCUCCAUGCGUCAGGGCUUCGCAGCCUCCGCCCGCUCCGCCGCUUUCGGCGGCGCCAUCCUCGCCCUCAUCGAAGGCGCCGGAAUCAUGCUCAAUAAGUUCCUCAUCGCGCAGCAGCCCAUGCCCGUCAUCAUGGACGACCCCUCUCCGCCGCAGGCACGGCCGACGGCGGCGGAAUUUCCGUCCGAUUCGGGUAAACCGUGGCUCGGGGGGUUGUUCGGUGGAGGUAGAAAAGAAGAGCCAGGCACGAAUGGGGGAAGCGAGACGAAGAUUCUAGAGAGUUUCGAUGCUCCACCUGUGCCCAAUUUUGAGUACAAGUAAAUGGGGUUUGGUUUUGAGGUAGUGAUUUUGUUUAUGAAAUUUGAGGAAGUUACUGAAUUUGUUGUCGGAGGGGUUUGUUUUGAGCCUCACUCAUAUGAUUAUCUAUCAUACCAUAAAUUAAGGGCAUAUAUAAUAUAGGAUAAAGCAUAAAGUAUAAUACUAUAAGAUUUGAUUGUAUAAGAUCUGAUUAAAUUUUAAUAUUAUCUAGUAUUUAGCAUGAUAUUGUAUAAGAUAAUAUGUGUAUAAGAUAAUAUCAUCCGAUGUUUAGUAAUACACUAUAUAAUACCAGAUAUGUUAAAAAAAAUAUUUUUGUCAAAAAUAUCUUUUAAUAAUGAAUUUACAU